AUGAGAGAGUACACGAGGAUUCAGAGUGAGAUCGAGAAGGAGGAGGGGGAAGAAGCGGUGAUGGAGUUAUGUUGGCGGCGAACAGUGGCAGACCCCAGCGAUGACUUUCGUUCUUCAUCGUCUCGAUGCAGAGUUCCGAUCAUCGUCACCGGUAACGACUUCUCCACCCUUUACGCUCCCCUCAUCCGUGACGGACGUAUGGAGAAAUUCUACUGGGCUCCGACGAGAGAAGACAGAAUCGGUGUCUGCAUCGGAAUCUUCAAAACCAAUGGUCUCUCUCCUGAAGGUGUUACGAAGCUUGUCGACACUUUUCUAGGACAAUCCAUCGAUUUCUUCGGGGAAUUGAGGGCAAGAGUGUACGAUGAUGCAGUGAGGGAGUGGAUUGGAGGUAUCGGAGUGGAAGGCAUAGGGAAGAGGCUUGUGAACUCAAGGGAAGGGCCUCCGACAUUUGAACAACCGAAGAUAACAGUUGAGAAGCUGUUGGAGUAUGGGAACAUGUUGGUUCAAGAACAGGAUAAUGUGAAGAGAGUGCAGUUGGCGGAGACUUAUUUGGACUCGGCGGCGCUCGGAGAUGCUAACAGGGAUUCCAUUGCUAGAGGAGUGUUCUAUGGUGAGCUUAGUUAA